AUGACUCUCGCAGCCUACAAAGAGAAGGUGAAAGAGCUCCCUCUGGUGUCUUUGUUUUGCGCCUGCCUGAGGCCACAGAAUGUAGAGAAGGCUACAUACAAGGCAGAAGACGCAGUGGAUCUGGGAUGGAGUGCCAUAAAAGAUGUGGAGGUGAAAGAGUUGAACAAGAGAGCAUCGGGUCAGGCCUUCGAGGUCAUCCUGAAGCCACCGUCGUUUGACGGUUUACCAGAUCUCAAUACAUCCAUGCCUCAGCGCAGAGACCCCUCCCUGGAGGAGAUCCAGAAGAAGCUAGAGGCCGCCGAGGAAAGACGAAAGUGUCAGGAAGCGGAGCUGCUAAAGCACCUGGCAGAGAAGAGAGAGCAUGAGCGAGAGGUGAUCCAGAAAGCCUUUGAGGAGAACAACAACUUCAUCAAGAACGCCAAAGAAAAGCUAGAGCAGAAAAUGGAGGCGAACAAGGAGAACAGGGAGGCCUUGUUGGCUGCCAUGCUGGAGAGACUGCAAGAGAAGGACAAACAUGCAGAGGAGGUGAGGAAGAACAAGGAGCUGAAAGAGGAGGCCUGCCGAUAG